AUGCAUUAUUCCUCUGGCCCUGCUAACGAGAUAUCGAACGCAACCACCGAGCCUAAACAGAUAUACAAAGAAGACGAUGACGCCGAAUAUGAGAACAUCAAACAUCUGUUCGUGAUGUGUUUGUUGUUGUUGAAUCUUCAUCUGGAGCUAACGUUUGUGGCACUUGUCCUGAAGAUUGACGAGACAGGAUUGGCACAUUCAGAGAUUGGGAAGCUGGUUGGAGGAGUUAUGUAUUCCACUAUUAUGUGUGUCAUUGGCUUCUUGUUUACUGGACAGACCACGCAAGGUUUCCCCGAUGAGUUCGUCCCAGCGUGCAUCAUUGCUGUCAGCAUCGCUAAUAUUGCAGUGCGGAUCUCUGUAUGCGGCUCUCUGAUAUAUAUAUACAAAUACAUUCGGACCAAAGCUGCUCAGCAAGCUGAUCCUACUCUGAGGAAGAUCCGCGAACUGUCUGAUCUGAAAGAUGAAAAGACUGGUGAAGACGGAUGCUCCUCUCGGUUUGUUACACACGGAGGUUUACUGUAUCGACAAUUUCAGUCGGAAAGGUUCAGCCAGGGCAACGUAAUUCAUCAGCUGGUGGUACCCGCUAAGUAUAGGAAACUGGUUAUGAAGCUUGGUCACGAGGCCAUCAUUGGAGGACACCAAGGAGCCAAGAAGACUGCGGACAAGAUACUAACUGAUUUCUUCUGGCCCGGCAUUCACUCGGAGGUAACGCGUUUUUGUCGAUCGUGCGACGUUUGUCAACGCACAGUACAGAAGGGUAGAGUGACCAGGGUUCCUCUCGGUACUAUGCCACUUAUAGAUACUCCGUUCGAUAGAGUAGCUGUCGACAUUGUUGGCCCUAUCCAUCCCAUGACGAGCAACAAGAACCGUUACAUCCUCACAAUUGUGGAUUAUGCAACAAGGUAUCCUGAGGCCAUCGCCCUCCCCCGCAUAGAAGCCACUCGAGUCGCCGAGGCCCUUGUAGAUGUCUACACUCGAGUAGGAAUACCUCGUGAGGUGUUAACUGAUAAAGGCAGCCAGUUCACACCUGACGUCAUGAAGGAGGUCAGUAGGUUGUUGUCAAUCCGCCAACUUACCACCACGCCUUACCACCCUGCUUGCAAUGGUAUGGUUGAACGGUUCAAUGCCAGUCUCAAGAACAUGUUGAAGCGGAUGUGUGCGGAACGACCGACUGAUUGGGAUCGUUAUCUCAACCCUCUUCUCUUUGCCUAUCGUGAGACACCUCAUGACAGUACAGGCUUUUCCCCGUUUGAGUUGCUCUACGGGAGAACUGUUAGAGGACCCAUGGCAAUUUUGAAGGAGCUCUGGACAGGAAAAGUGGAGUCCGACACUGAGGUCAAGACAACCUACCAGUAUGUGAUAGAUCUCAAGGAGAGAUUGGAGAAUACCUGCAACUUAGCACAGAAGGAGCUGAUGAAGUCUCAAAGGAAGAACAAAAUGUACUACAAUAGGAAGAGUAGAGAGAGAAGUUUCAAACCAGGCGACAAAGUCCUGAUCCUCCUCCCGACAGACAAGAAUAAGUUGCUACUUCAGUGGAAGGGUCCCUUUGAUGUUCUGGCGAAGAUUGGUACAUGUGACUAUCGUCUUGAUUUACAUGGUAACACCAAGACGUUCCAUGCCAAUCUGCUUAAACGAUAUGUUCAGCGUGAGGAAGCAAGUCUUCUGAGUGUGGUUAGUUGUGAUAGUGGUAUUGUUGAUGUCAUAUGCACUGCAACUGUAGAGGAUGAAGACGGCCCUAAUGACGAAAGCGGCCAUGUCACUGGUAAAGCUGGGUUAAUUGAAUUUCCAGUAUUAAAGGCCAGUGAAACUGUAGCAGAUGUCACCCUGUCUGGUGAUCUGUCAAAGGAACAGACUCAUGAAGUUAGGCGACUCCUUGGCAAUUUUAGUGACAUUAUGACGGACUUGCCUAGUGAGACGACAGUUGGGGUACAUGACAUCAAGCUGUCUACUGAUGAGCGCAUACACCAGAAGCCAUAUCCACUUCCACACAACAUGAGGGAUACAGUUGCUGACGAAAUUAAACAAAUGAUGGAAUUGAAGGUUAUUGAACCGUCAGAUUCGCCAUAUUCGUUCCCGAUUGUCAUCGUGAAGAAACCUGAUGGAAGCAACAGAUUCUGCAUUGAUUUCCGGAAGCUAAAUCGAGUAACUAUCUUCGAUGCAGAACCGCUCCCCAACCCUGAUGAGAUAUUUGCGUCGUUAUCCGCAGAUCGUUUCUUCACUAAGCUUGAUUUGACCAAGGGUUAUUGGCAGAUACCGCUGACCGAGGAGAGUAAACCUAAGACGGCAUUUGCGACACCGUUUGGCCUCUUCCAAUUCCGCGUCAUGCCCUUUGGUCUAAUCAACGCUCCGGCGACAUUUAGUCGACUGAUGAGGACCGUGCUGCGAGAGGUGUUGAAUGUUCACAAUUACAUUGAUGACAUUCUGAUUCACACAACCUCCUGGCAGGAUCACCUAAAGACACUGAAGGAAGUGCUGAAAAGGCUUCGAGAGGCAAAGCUCUCAGCGAGACCAAAGAAAUGCCAAGUUGGUUUUUCCAGCAUCCACUUCCUUGGACACAUCAUAGGCCACGGUCAACUCAAACCUCACCCAGAUAACAUCGAGAAGAUAAGAAGUGCUCCGCGACCAACGACUAAGAAGCAGAUGAGGUCAUUCUUGGGACUCUGUAACUACUACAGAAAGUUCAUCCCAGAUUUUGCGGCAAUUGCAGUACCUCUAACUGACAAGACCAAAGGUCGCGAGCCCAACAAGAUCAUUUGGACUGAAAGUCAAGAGUUGGCUUUCAACUCGUUGAAGAAGCAUCUGACGAGCCGCCCUAUCCUUUGUCUACCAGACUUUGAGCGCCAGUUUAUUUUGAGAACCGACGCCUCUGACAUAGGAAUUGGAGCGAUGCUGUUGCAGGAAUAUGAUGAUACCAAACAACCUGUCGCAUUCGCAAGCAAGAAACUUCUUCCCCGUGAGCGAGCCUAUUCUGCAAUGGAAAGGGAAUGUCUUGCCAUCGUCUGGGGAAUCCAGAAGUUUCAGGUCUUCCUCGAUGGGAAGGAGUUUGUCCUUGAAACUGACCACCAGCCGUUAGUCUAUCUUCAGAAGGCCAAACUCAUCAACAGCAGGAUCAUGCGGUGGGCUUUAUCAUUGCAGCCCUAUAAAUUCCUCAUUGAAGCCAUUUGA